GUCACUUCCGGGGCGGCCAUUUUGGAGGCCUUAGCGCCCUAUCGGCUUGCUCCGUGCUCGGGAGGGGGGCAGGCGCUUCGUGCCGGAUCUACCUGCGCUGACAUCGGCGGGGGAGGGGGGGGAGCCACACGAAGCAGCCUGUGGGGCGCUCGGCCGGAGUUGCUGUCCGCCGCCGCCAUCCGCGCAUCGCCGCGCCCGACAGACCCCCCUCCCCUCCCCGCGCCAUGUCGGACUUCGACAGCAACCCUUUCGCCGACCCGGACCUCAACAACCCUUUCAAGGUAAGAGCGGCGGGGAGGCGGCGGCGACGCUUCGGGCCGAGAGGCCGGGCGUGUCGCGUUGACGCGGGUUCGGUGGCGGGGAGGCCCGUGGGCUAAGUUAUCCCCCCCCGUCCCGUGAAUGGACCUGCAAGGUCCUCCCCCUCCCCGCGGAGGCCUCGUCUCCGGCGUGCCCCACCCCCUCCCCCUGGACCCGCCGCGUUUGCCGGGGAGACUGAGGCGCCUCUUUUGUGCUGGCAACGGGAGGGCGAUUCCUCCAUAUCCUCCUCCUCCUCUUGGGGUUUUGUGGCGAAGGCAUGAGCGGGUCCUUGGCGUCUCCGCAGCUCUUCUGUGCUCCCGCUCCGGGGCUCCCUUGUUUUCCCUGCGGGAGGAAAGGGCUCCCCGUUAAGGAUCUCCCGGAUCCGCCGCUCUGGUGUCCAGGUGGGCGGAAGGCGGGAGGGGCGGGUGGCCCUGCGUCCCAAGAGGGACGGCGACCGGCGAUGCGCUCUGCUUCAGGCACCAGACCUGGCCAAUAGAUGCUGCCGGUAACAGCAUCUUCCUCUCCGAUCUCUUAUCUGGCCACACACGGUCCGUAAUGGAAAAUAAUUCCUAGUCGCUUUCAAAGCUGCCAAAAGGUUCCUAAAAGGGAUGCUAGGACUGAAGGUCUCCCAAGAGGCAAUCAUCUCCUUGGGCCGCCACCUGUUAAUAUUCUGUAGAGAAGGCUUUGCUGUAAUUUUUCUUUUUUUUAGCUGACGUUGCAAUUCCUUGCUGCUAUAAAGGUCUGAAGUCAGGAUGUGAGGUCUGACACCGGGCUGGUUUGGUUUGAACUAGGAUUGAAGAAGGCUGGAGUAAUCUUCUGAGCUUAGUUUCAGUGUGUCUUGGGAUCUCUUUCGAGCAGUGACUGUCUUCAGCUUAUUGAUGUAAUAUCUGGAGUAAAGUAGAUGUACAUGUGGGCUUUAAUUGUGGAUGGGGUUUAUAGAAAAGUGGUGAGCAAACAGUUUUCAUGGGAUCUGGUGGAAUUCCCUUCCCAAAGGCUUUUGAAAUAGAAAUUUCAAAAUAUUUUUUCCUUACUAACUUUGAAAGCAUGCUUUCUUAUGUAGACAAUCAUAAGCUUAAUCAGUCCGGCCCUAGUAUAGCACAUAACACAUUAGCAGAGUUAACCUAUGUAGAAUUUUGAAGUUUUAAGGCAGAGCUGUGAAGUCCACUUUCAAAAUAAAUUCAAUGUAUGGUUGCUAUUAUGUUGGUUCUAAAACAUGAUUCUCCACCAACCUAAAUUAACCUAAUAUUUAAAAAAACAAGUCCAAUUGUUGUGGUUCUUUCCCCACAUUUGGUGAGGCUUGUAAAAAUUCUCCCGUGAACUCACAACCUCUAAACUACAGUUCUUAGAGUUGCCUGGGAAGCGGGAGUAACUAUUAAAUCGGGUUAAGUCUGUGAUGCAGAUCAGCCUAAAAAUCAUGACAUCUUGAUAGGUUGGCAGUUCGAAUUCCCACGACGGGGUGAGCUCCCGUUGCUCGGUCCCUGUUCCUGCCAACCUAGCAGUUCGAAAGCACGUCAAAGUGCAAGUAGAUAAAUAGGUACCGCUCCGGCGGGAAGGUAAACGGCGUUUCCGUGUGCUGCUCUGGUUGGCCAGAAGCGGCUUAGUCAUGCUGGCCACAUGACCCGGAAGCUGUACGCCGGCUCCCUCGGCCAAUAAAGCGAGAUGAGUCAGGGGUCAGUCACGACUGGUCAGGGGCCCCUUUACCUAGCCCACAUGUUUGGAUGGCUUUUCUAUUGUGAACUUACUUUAAAGACUGCAGUAGAGACCAUGGGCGUAGCCAGGAUUUUAGUUGGGGGGGGGCAGAACCAAUGUGAUUGGUCAGUUAGUUAAGUAUUUCUAUUGUUUUACUUGAUCUUGGAGGGGCAACUGCCCCCCCUGGCUACGCCCAUGGUAGAGACUUGUAGGACCAGUGUAAGGCAAGGAUGUGUUCUGUGAUAUUGCUUGAUAACUGCGGUUUACGGGAUUUAAUUCAUUCUCAGGUUGUGUAAUGAGCCUAAGUUGCACGAUAACUUUUAAAUUCUCAUUUUCAAUGAAAAGGUUUAGGCUUCCUUUAUAAAAGUCAAGAUAAACAACUCAUGAAUAGAAUCAUAGACUCAGAGAACUGUAGAGUUGGAAGAAACUCUGAAGGUCAUUACUCCAAGUUCUCCAACCCCUUGAAUGUGCAAAACAAAGGAAUUGCUAAGUAUCUAGAUGGGUACAGUUUACUAGAGAGAGCCCCAGUUCUUCUUGUUGUGUACUGCUUACAUUAUCAAAAUUCUAGCUGUCAAUAUUAAAUAAGUCAAACGAGACCUCCAUCUGCAGGUUUCAAAUUCAACUACACGUGUAGUUGAAUGUUUUAGCAUAUGUUGUAAUGAUGGUGUUUCUGCAAUUUCCACUGAGCAAACUUCUGAGGAGCACGUGCCUUUUGCCUGCAUUCCCUUUGUGGCAACUUUCUGUUAUUUUUUCUGCAGUAUCCCUCUCUACAGAGGUGCAUCCAGCAUCUUGAUCAUACAGCUUUCACUGUAUGCUGAAAACACACCUUGAAAAGUUAAAAUUUAUUGUUUUUGGAACCCAGCUCUUUUGCUGAAUUUAUCAUAUUUGCUUCUAUUUUUGUGGUUUUACUUGUUUUAUGGUUUUAUGUUUUUGUAAUUGUAUAUUCUGUUAUUGUGACCUACCCUGAGAACUUACAGUGAAGGGCAAGUAAGAAAUAUUAUAAAUAAAUAAAUUUAGAAGUUGCUGUUCUCUCUCUGUCUCAUCCUUCUGAUCUUACAGCGGAAGAAGGCAUAAUUCACGGAAAGGAGCAUACAUCCAAAUUAUGUUCUUUCUUCCUAGGCAAAGAUAACAAUUAUUUUUUUUAAAAAAAAACCUGGUUAAGAUUGUUUUCUAAUAAGUUAUAAGUACGAUGUAGGUAGACUGUUUUCUGCAAUUGAACACCAACAAAAUGAAGGUUAAGAUGGACAGUGCUACCAUGAUCCCUACAAAAUCUGAGUUUUCUUUUUCCAUUGAAACUUUUUGUUUCAGCAGAAAUCUUUUGACUUUUAUAUAUAAAGUCAAAAGCUGUGUCUUUUUGAUGGAAUUCCAAGCUUCAUUAAGCACAUUGAUAAAAUAUAUGUAACUGUUGUUCAAAACACAUAAACCACUUCUUUAUGUAGUGUUCAUUAUACCUUGUCUGCACUAGGUUUUGUUCAGAUAAGGUGUAAACCAGGCUUCCUCAAACUCGGCCCUCCAGAUGUUUUGAGACUACAAUUCCUAUCAUCCCUGACCACUGGUCCUGCUAGCUAGGGAUCAUGAGAGUUGUAGGCCAAAAACAUCUGGAGGGCCGAGUUUGAGGAAGCCUGAUGUAAACCCCUCAGUCAUCUGAACCAACGGUUCUACCAGCCAGAUUUGGUCUCCAUUAAUUAAAACCUAAAGCUGUGUUUAAAAUUGAUUGCAAGUAGAUUUUAAAUGAAGGGUGUGGUUUUUUCAUUGAAGCUUUCCUGCCUGCUGUAUGCAUCAUCUUGGUUUAAUGAUUUGGGAAAAUGCUUACCGUACUUAAUGUUCAAGCUUUAUAUUUCAUUUCUGUUUACAAGUUUUAUUGAAUGCUUAUGUGAUACCGAAGCUAUAGUGUAUCCUCCAUGAUGGUUGUUAGGGAUAUAAUCCUGAACCAACUUACUGUGAACCUAAGUCCUAUUGAAUUCAACAGACACUUUAGUCAGACUUAAAUAGGACUUAUUUCUGAGUAGAUACAGUUUAGACUGUGCUGCAAAACUCUCAUUGCUAGAUACUGUGUUACACUUCAUUAAAGGAUAAACCAAUUGUGCCUGUACAGUACAGGUAUGGGAAUACUAAAUGAAGCUUUAAUAAUGCCUAAGAGGUGUUAACCUCACACUUGUUUUUCCAAUCAGGGUUGAUCUUAAAAUUCUAAACAGCACAUAAUUUGUUGUGCUGGAUUCGUGGCAGUUCUGUGCCUUAUGAACACGCCCAAAUAUGCUUCCAAGCCAUUACUGUUUUUAACAGCCGUAGCUAUGGGGCUGCAUCUACAGUAUCCAAGUUUAUGGGACUGAACCAAACUGUAUUAAGCCAUUAAAAUAAUCUUUGCUACUUGACAGAGUGGGCUGAUAGCUUGGGUACACAAUUAUAAUUAAUUUGUAGCUUAGUUCACAUCUGUUAGCAUUUUUGGAUAUUUUGCUUAAAUUUAGCUUUAAGAUGAAGAAAAAAUAAAUUACAAGGACUGUUGAAGCCUGAGAAGCAGAUUUAGCAAGCCAAAGGGAAGAAGUUACAUGAAUCAAAGUUUUAUUGAUUUUGCAAAUGACCACCUUAUUUAGUUACAUUUAUUAUGGUUUAACUCGCUUAGAUAUGUAAAUGGUAAGCACAAUGAUAUCUGAUUCCCCUGUAUGCUCCUAUGCUGUUUUGUGUUGAAAUUACCAUUGGCAUAGCUAUGUCAAUAAAAAUAAUUCAUUCAUUUCAUUUCUAAAUACAUCAUUUUAAGAUUAUAAGUUAGACUUUAAAAGAAAAUUAUCUUUAAAUAACAUUUUGGGCUUGGAAAUAGCCAUUUGUCUAGAGUAUAAAUUGCAUGCAGGAGACCAGAAGAAAGACACUUGUGUGUAUUCAGUUCCUUUAUGUUACCAAACACCAUUUGAAAUUAUGUGCCUUGACUUACUAGAUUUACCUUGGAGUGAAAUGGGCAAAAAGUAAUAUGCAAUGGAGCCAAUUCCUGCCUUAUUUUAUUUUCAUCUAGGGAGAAACAGAACACAAGGGACACAAUAGUUUGGAUUGCAUUAAUAACUGCAUCUAGCUCCUAGGCAUGCAAUUCCUCCUUAGGACUUUGAUUUCCUUCUUGAAUUUAGGCUAUGACGGGCCUUUUAAUCAGGAGUGUAAACCAUGAGUUGGUUUGCCUUGAAACUAGAAGAAGAAAUAACAACCUAUGGUUUGCCAAGAAAUAGUCCAGCCAGCUGCACUGCAGUUGCCUUGGCUAAUGGAGCGAAGCUAGCUGGCAGACUGUUCUUGCACUGACUGUCUCUGGUAAACAAGGAAGGAGAAUGUGAUGCUAAGGAUAUAUGACUGCAGGUUACAGUUCUUUCAUUUCCCCAUCUUGAAGACUUUAGAUGAGAUGUCAGAAGGGGGAAAAGGAACAGCUGCUAAUUGCACUGCAUUGUGGGAAAAUGACACAUUCUGGAUAUCAGUUCUCCUUCCUGGAGCUGUGGAAGGAUGUGUGGUGUAUUUGUGUGGUGUGUAAUAGCAGCUCCCUCACUGACAGCUGAGGUGAACUAAUCUGGGUGGAUGCCCUCUGGACCGCCAAGUAUUUUGCAAAAAUGCACGUCCCCCACCCCCGUAAAAUGGGGACCAAUGCAGUCUUCUUUCAGGUAAUGCUGUCCCGUUUCACUUGCCAUGGAAGAAUAAAGUACAGUGGAAAUUAGAAUCCCCAGUGUAAGCUAUAAUGUCUAUUCAACUUUCUAAGCUAGCCUGCCAUGUCAGGUUUGGCUUUGAAUGAAACGCUUAAUGCAAGCUCCGUAUUUCUAGCAGAUAAAACUAAUUGAAUUGCAAGUUAGUGCAGAAGUCAAGUUAAUUACAAGAUGGAAUGUGAAAAAGAAUUGAAGCUUCCAAAGGAAGCUUCCUGGGAUGGGACUGCACUGAAGAGUUGGCAGUCCACAUGGUCUGUUGCAGUGUAAUAGCACCUAGUGCUUGGCUGGCACUAAAAACUUUUUAAGUACCAGCAGCUGUAGAUCUUGAUUCCUACACAUCUGGGUUAGUGUUACAAUAUGCAAACUUUGUUACUUCAGAGUUGCACUGGGAUUUGCUUCCAAUUUUUGUGUGUGUGUAGAAUGCACUUCUAUGUUCUUUAAAUUUGUUAUGGCAGAUUUUUAAAGAAGUAGGAGGAGAGGAUGGGACGCGUUUUUCAGAUUAUUUGAAAGUAGUAGUUUUUGAGCUUUGUGUUAAUUUCAAGAGAACAAUAAUUCACAAAUGGAUCACUUCAGUGUUGAAAUGCAUCUUCGGAGUUCUGGCCAAAUUCCAAAGCAUCAAAACCAGCUUAAGAAAAUCUUUUGUCUUUGUACUCUAAAAAUAACGCUGAAGACUGCUAUGUUUUCAUGGUGACUGUAAUCAAUGUCAAAACCCUUCCUGUUAGGGUAGCUCUUGAAGUCCUUAGAAUAUGCAAUUGGAAGUGUAUAGGAGCCAUUUUGCACACUAUAAGGAAGCAGUAAUAGAGAAUGCAUGAGUAAAGCUGGUUCAUGUUAUUUCACAAGGAGCUGUUAUACACAAUACCAGGAAGCAUGGCAGGGAAGCAUGUAUCACUUGUGUCUCUUUUUCCCUUGCAUGGUGAAGCAGUCCUAAGUUAGUGUCAUAAGUAUUUCUGCCAACCAAAACUAGAUGAGUUUAAAAGCUUCCUUGCUUUCACCCAAAGGUGGCUUUGCAAAGCACUUUGCAGAGGAAAGUCACAAGAAUUUCAUUACUAAAGCUGAAGAUUUCUUCUUUAGCACAGUAUAAGAAUAAGUUCCUCCUAGUCACUUUUCCAGAGGUUCUUUUCUUGCACAAACAAUGGGUAUACUAGAGCGUUUAAAAAUAGUCUAGUAUGUGUUGCAUGUUUCAGGGUGGUUGUUUUUUUCAAAUUGGCAGAUGUUUUGAACACCACUGCCAUAAGAAGGCAGUGUGGGGUAGUGGCAAAUCUUUUGCACUCAAAGGUAGGAAAUUCAGGUUAAUGAAACUCACUGGGUGUCCUUGGUGAAGUUGUUGUGCUUGGCUAAUUUGGCAAUUGCUGCAACCCUUGGGUGGAUGGAAAAUUCCUAAUAGAAGGAACUUAUAAGGACUGAAUUGGCAGUGGGGGGAGGAGUUGAAUUUAUUCAAUUUAUCCCUGUCACAGAUGCAUCUGUGUGGAGAGAUGGCAUUGGCUGUGUCUUCCCUCUAAAUGUCAAAACUGGUAGGGUUGUAUGUGUGCUGCGCACAGUGUUAGAAACUGAAAUAGGAAAACUAGGAGCUUAAACCUGGGUUAUGGGUGCAGCAACAGAAUGUCUAGGUGCGUUUUUUAUAAUGAUAAUACAAAGCUGAAAAUGAAUGAACAGCAGCUAAAAUAUUAUGUUCAUUUUUCACAUCGUCUAGUCCUUACCCUGUCCCCACCCCCCUUAUAUUCUUCAAAGGGUCUCUUCUCCAGUCUUCAGAGAUUAGCUGGAAGUGGGGAGGCAGACAAAGGUCCUCCUUUCCUUCCACUCUGCAGUUUUAAUCUGAAACCUUAGGCACAGUACUGGGCCCAUAGCUCAGAAACUGCUCGCGCUAAUGAAAUUCCCUGUCACAAAAUGCGCCUAGAACAAUGGGAAUUUUGAACACUGGCAGCUGCCAGAGAACACUGAAAGCAGAAAGUAGCGGGCAAGCAUGCUUCAGCUGAUGGGCUUGGGUUAGGCUAGGGUGGUCUAACUUAUAGCCCAAGAGCUGCAUGUGGCUCUCAACACCUUUUUUGACAACCCUCAGCAACAUUUGACACCCCACUCCAAGCCCUUGUGCUGCUUUCCCAAAACCAGGUAAGGCGGGUGCUGGGUUUUGGAAAGGAGGCAUGAGGGUUCUUACAGGGUCCUAGAGUCCUCCUCUCUCCUUCCCAAAGCCUAGUUAGCUCUUUCCCAGCUUUGAGAAGGAGAUGGGAGGACUCUAAUAAGGUUACCAGAUGUCCCUGUUUCCCGGGGACAGUCCCCGGAUUCACAAAUCAGUCCCCUGACAGAAUCCAUUGACAUUCAAAAGUGUCCCCGGAUUCAUUGAAAAAAAUCUGGUAGCCUUACUCUAGGACCCUGCCAGAGCCUCACGCCUCCUUCCCAAAGCCCUGGUGCCUCACUUAGCCAGCUUUGGGAAGGCAGUUCAAGGGCUGCAGGGGGUGGGAGCUCAAAUUUUGGCCUCAUCCCCCCCACCCUCAGGCCACAAGGCAGUGUGCAGUUUGCAAGUUCUGUGUCACAGUACUCUUGCAGCCUACUUGCUGUGAACAGUUGGGCUGCCCUGGGUUAGGCACAAUGGAAGUAGUACAGUAGUAGUAGUAGUAGUAAUAAUAAUAAUAAUAAUAAUUAUUAUUAUUAUUAUUAUUAUUAUUAUUAUUAUUUAGCCACUCUGGGCAGCUUCCAGCAUAUAUGAAAACAUAGUAAAACAUUAACUUACCUAUACUGUACAGUGCUGCCUGCAAAUAUUUCCUAAAUGUUAUAUAAUUACUCAUCUCCUUAACAUCUGAUGGGAGGGCAUUCCACAGGGUGGGCACCACUACUGAGAAGGCCGUCUGCCUGGUUCCCUGUAGCUUUGCUUCUCGCAGUGAGGGAACCGCCAGAAGGCCCUCAGAGCUGGAUCUCAGUGUCUGGGCUAAAUGAUGGGGGUGGAGACGUUCCUUCAGGUAGACAGGGCCGAGGCCGUUUAGCACCAACACUUUGAAUUGUGCUCAGAAAUGUAUGGGAGCCAAUGUGAUUUAAGUUUAACUUCAGCUUAUGGGGUAAAAGGAGGGAGGAGUUUGCACAGUGGAUAUGCACAUUCAGGUAUUCUUCCUCUGAGCCAGGUCCACAUAUCUCACCUCAAUUUUUUUUUUUAGCCUGCAGUGGACUAUAUGGGGUGUCACUAAAAAAUGGCUUCGAAGUAUAUGUGCUCUGCUUCCGUGUGUGUGUGUGUGUGUGUGUGUGUGUAUGGGUCCCCAGUGGUUGAGUGCUAAAAACUCUGAUCUGUAUACAUUCUUAGAAUUUGACGGAUUCAUGCCCUAUAUGAAGAUUACAUUGUGCUGUCUCCUACAUUUCAUAUUUUGCACAGUGUAAUGAUGGCUAUUGUGACAGGCAGGAGCCCAUUCAUUGCCUCCAAAAUUUCAUUGGAUAUGUGUUUUAUAUUUCAGUUUCUCAGUGACAGUGUGCAGCUGAAAAUUGAGCUCUCAUUUAUAUGCUCAGGAGGAGCAGCAUUCCUCAUAAAUCAGCUGUGUGACAGAUGGGGCAUCUCACAAAUCAUGUUAAUCUAGAUUUGUAAGAAGAUCAGGGUGAAAUGAGGUGACCUACAGAAUAGGAAGAAUGAAAACAUGAAUGAGUUUCUAUUUCUACAUCAAAUAAAGGCAGGUCUAAAAGUGAAAAUAUUAUCAUAUUGGGAAAAUAACUAUUUUUCUGUUUAUUACUAACAUUUGUUACAAGCUUCUAGCACUGUUAUUUUUUAAAGCAAGGUAUCAUAAAUUUCUCUGUUGUAGGAAUUGAUAUAUAACUCUUAAUAGGUAGUUUAUUUUGUCAAAUACAACUGUGAUAUUUGCUCACUCCGUCAUUAUUGUACUGAAAACUAACCUAAGAAUUCUAACAGUGCCGUGUACAUUCCUUGGCAUUUGCUGGGACUGAACUACAGAGCAAACAUAAAGGGAGGGAAUCAGGGUGAUUAGAAAGCUAGUGAACCAGAAGUAAUUUUUUCUUUCGCUUGUCUUAUGCUGCUUGUUUUAAGAUUGUGCUCAAAGAUGGAACGUUGGAACGUCUGCAACUUCAUAUAAAUAAAAGGAAUGCAGAGGGGAUCUCUCUAAUUAGUCUGUUUCAGUUUAGAUAGCUGUGUUGUGAGCUCUAGGAAAGCAGUAAUUUAUUUUGGACAACAGCUACAAACUUGGGUUAGAAGGUUAUUAUCUUAAAUGUAGAUGGGCUGGGAUUAGUAUUAGCACAUGCAGUGCACAGUGCUUUCUCUAACCUACUUCUCUCUCUGUUUAGGAUCCUUCAGUUACACAAGUGACGAGAAAUGUUCCUCCAGGAUUAGAUGAAUACAACCCUUUCUCAGAUUCAAGAACAGUAAGCAUUCUUCUUAAUAUCAAAUAAACCUUUCUCAUGUGUAAAUCUAUGUGACACUUUGGUUUCUUUAUAAACUUACAAAUUAAACUUGUGUAUGUUAUGACCAAGGGACGCGGGUGGCGCUGUGGGCUAAACCGCUGAGCUUAGGGCUUGCCGAUCAGAAGGUCGGCGGUUCGAAUCCCCGCGACAGGGUGAGCUCCUGUUGCUUGGUCCUUGCUCCUGCCAACCUGGCAGUUCGAAAGCACAUCAAAGUGCAAGUAGAUAAAUAGGUACCAUUCCGACGGGAAGGUAAACGGUGUUUCCAUGUGCUGCUCUGGUUGGCCAGAAGCGGCUUAGUCAUGCUGGCCACAUGACCCGGAAGCUGUACGCCUGCUCCCUCGGCCAGUAAAGCGAGAGCCGCAACCCCAGAGUCAUCUGCAACUGGACCUAACGGUCAGGGGUCCCUUUACCUUUACCUAUGUUAUGACCAGUCAUUUUUAUAGUAGCCUGUUGAAGGCAACUGUAAAGAUGCCAUUCUUAAAGAUUAUGGCAUUCUACAAGUAUCAGUUUUCUCUCAUAGUGAACUGGGGAGAUUGAGGGCUGGUGGGAUUGAAGCCCAAACUGGUGCACUGAGAUAAAAGAAGGGGAGAAUUAACAUGGCCGGCACUCCAGUGAUGAUUUUUAGUAAUUGCUGAGUGGUUGGUGUGUGUGUGAGAGCAAAAAUGUGCAUGCUUUGCCCUCCAUUGUCCUGUGGUGUGUUGGGGGAUGUCCCCCGUUCUUUUUAAAGUGAUUUGUUCUUCUACAUACCUUGGCACAUAAUGUGGCUGAGGAUUACAUGUAGCUUAAACUGGAAGUAUAAAAAUGACAUCUUAUUUUUCUGUUGAAUACAUAAGGGGAGAAAUCUGGAGGUAAAAGGUGCACCAAAGAUUAAAUGAGACAGAAAAUGCUUUUAAGAGCACAUGAAAAGGUAAAGCCAAAGAGACUGAAACGGCUGUAGAUAUUUUCAUCACUCACUGUAUCUAAAUAACUCACUUGUAGCUGCUUGAUGCCCUGUAGGCUGCUGGCUCUUUGGGGAAUGUCCCAUUUCAUUUAUAUUCAGCUGAUGUUUCUAAGAGGUGGGUGUGAGAUGUAAGCAAGAACCUCUCCCCCCCUGAGUGAUUUAUUGGCGCAGUCUGCCGAGAAACUGUGUGGGAAUGGAAUAGGGACCGGAGAUAAACCAAAUCCUAUGUCAAUGGAAAGGGAAAUUAAAUAAGAGAAUGUUCAGUUCCGUGGGCAGCUGAGUGAUUGUGAAGAAGUAACUUUUCUUUCAAGAUGUUAAGAUGCCUCUUCUAGUCAUUCAUGAAAAGCUAAUGACUAGAAGAGGCAUCUUAACAUUGCUAUUCUUAAAAUAUUCCAUUCCCUUUCACAAUUUUCAUUAUGUUAUUACAGUCCUGUCCUGGGACAGAGAACAGUUUUUUAAAAGUGUCAGCUUCCAUGUGUAUGUAAGUAAACCUGCCCUAGGAAAGGGACAACAUGAAAUAAAAGUGCAAGUCUGGGAGCCAAAGGGUGGCAUACAUAAUUCAUCUCUUCCAAUUUAUUAAUCAUAGCAACCCUGCGACUAACCCAAGCCCAUCUAAUGAGCUUCAUGGCCGAGUAAGAUUUUGGAUGUGCUUACCCUAGUCCAAGCAUGGCCAAACUUGGUCCUCCAGCUGUUUUGGGACUACAACUCCCAUUAUCCCUAGCUAACAGGACCAGUGGUCAGGGAUGAUGGGAAUUGUUGUCCCAAAACAGCUGGAGGACCAAGUUUGGCUAUGCCUGCCCUAGUCUUAAGUCAACGGUAGCUGCUACACCACUGUGCCUUGGUUCUUAACCUAUCUAUGCAACUUUGUGAAAAUGAGAACUGCAUUAGUCUUAAGUGUUUAUACCUCAGUGGUACUCUCAUUACCAAUCACUGCUUUCUUCCUGAAAAGAAACCUCCUGCUAUUGCUUAACUUGCCAGCUGAAGAAUGUAAUUGCUACCAGUGGAGUUAUUCAGUGGGCAGGUGUUUUAUAAUCUCUCUGCAAGCUUUGUCAUAGCGCUCCAUUUGUCUUUAAGGAAAAAUGACUGUAUUUAGACCAGCUCCCUUCAGGAUCCUCUCCACUUGUCCUAAGACUGUGUGGAGGGGGAAUGGACUGUGAUCUCUGCUCUUGUCCUCACUGGCUCCACCAAAAAUUUCAUACAUUGAGUAGGCUGUCUAUCUGUGUGUGUUGGAAUGAACAUGAGCCAGCUUGCUGAUCUUAUAUUUUUGUGCUUCCCAUGUUGAAAAUGUGUUGCUGGUGCUUUCAAGGUACACAGGAUUGUUUGUCGGUUAGAAUCAUUACUGUAAAAAUAGCAGGUGAGUUGCAAUUCUGUAUGCACGUACCUGGAAGUAAAUCCCAUUGAUCUUGGAGGAACUUGCUUCUAAGUAGGAUAGAGCUGCCAGAAAUAUGAGAUUUGUUACCUACAGCACAAAUGCAGAAACAUUACUUAAAGUUGCUUAAUAUUAGAAUCCUCUUUUCUUUAGAAUUAUGAUGUGUUGGAUAGUUCUUUUUUGCUAUAAUAUUUUUUAUUGAAACUUUUCAACUUACAAUAUAAUAAAAGCCAAACUAAUCUAAAUAAAAAUAGAAAAAGGAGAAAGCAAAACAAACACAUACAAAAGAAAGACAGAAAGAAAACUUUAUAAUCAGUACUAGAGGUUAAGAUAUAAACUUCAAAAUCUGAACUAGGGGUAAUCUUGUAAUGACAGGUGAGACCUGUAAAAAAAACUUCCAUUCAGUGUGCUAGCCAGGCCUGCUCCAUCUAGUAUACUCCAAUUUAUUUCCUUUCCCAACACAUUUUCUGCCUACUCCACCCCAUCUCAACCCUCAACAGUUGGUCAGGAUUCUGUGGCCACUGAGUUUGCUUAAUCAUCAUCAGGCUGGUUUGGGAGUCUCUACCCCCUCCCCCAAACAGGUUUUCCUAAUUAUUAUUGCAGUUCUGCAAACCUUGGGAGUUCCCACAAGCCUGCUUCCUCUUUCAUCUUCUUUGUGGGAGUGGUGUUGGUUUGGUUUCUCAUGGAUCUGAGCUCACCUCUGAACUUUGGAAAUGGCUUUUGCCAGACACCUAAGAUGCAGUAGAGGUCUCCUAACUUCUGGAUUGCCCAGUGUAAAGUAUUUUACAACAUUUUCUAGACCUAACCAUGUGAUUGCUGUCUUUAUUUUUAUACCACUAUAUCAUCCUCAAGCAUCCUACAUAUUUCUCCAAAUUUUGGUUACUUGUGUAACAACCAUAAGGUUGGUUAGUUGAUUGAAGAAACUGAGGAAAUGCUUUGUUCUUAAAAAAAGACUGUAUGCAACAGCAAGCUUCUAACAUUUUAAAAAAUGGCUACAUUUAAUUUCAAUGUCCUGUGGAUCUCCUCCCACACCAAUAACUUGGUGCAAUGUAAACAUUAUAUGGCAGGGACAAUUUCAAUCUAUAUUACUGUAUAUUUCCAUUUAUAAGAUGCCCCCUAUUUUGGGGGACUCCAAAUUAAGAAAACACCCCUCAAGCACUACCCGUGUAUAAGACGAGCCCCAAUUUUAAACCUUUUUUGGGGGGGGGAACCUAGUCUUAUACACGGAAAAAUAUGGUAUGUGCUUUUUGAGCCUGUGAAGGGUCUCUGUCCUGCUGCAACAUAAGUAAUAACUGACCAUCAAGGUAUAUAUUAUUGUGGCACUCUGAGAGAAAUAUAUUUCAUUUUCUCAACUGUUAGGUAAUGGUUAGUAGUUGGAAGUUUAUAUCUGUGGCCUGGGUUUAAAUAGAACACUUUAGAAGCACGAGGAAGAGUACAGUAAAUGAAAAGCAAAAUUUUGAUCUUUUUAGCAUGCUAAUUAAUGCAACCAAAAUAUCUUGAUUGUUCAUGGAAUUUCUAUGCUGAGCUUUUUAAGUAAAUACUACAGAACAGGCUAUGAAACUUAAUAUCUCUUGCGUCUAAGUCACUAUCUUUUAGUCUGUGUUCAAUAUUAAACUUGCAUGUUCCAUGCCUGAAACAUUUUGCUGUACUUGAUAUUAUACUUCAUUGUUUAAAGCAGGUGUCAGCAAACUUUUUCAGCAGGGAGCCGGUCCACUGUCCCUCAGACCUUGUGGGGGGCCGGACUAUAUUUUGAAAAAGGAAAAAAAAUGAACAAAUUCCUAUGCCCCACAAAAAACCCAGAAAUGCAUUUUAAAUAAAAGCACACAUUCUACUCAUGUAAAAACACGCUGAUUCCCGGACCGUCCGCGGGCCAGAUUUAGAAGGCAAUUGGGCCGGAUCUGGCCCCUGGUUUAAAAGAAUAGAUACAGACAGAAGAAGAUAAUAGUGAGCUGUUCAGCUUACUGAUGUCUUGUCUCUUGUUUGUUCAUGACAUACUGCAGCUAACUAGGAAUAGGACUUGUAAUGAUGGCUUCAAUUUUGAAUGUGUUAGAAACCAAAACAAAGGUGCCUCUCCAUUGGAAGAAAACCUCUUGCACUCAUGGAAGGGCUGUUCCAACCAAUUUAGCAUUUAGGGUCACUUUUCUCAUGCAGUGCUCUUUGGCAGUGAAUAUAUAAAAUUUGUAAACUACUUAACACAGUAUAUUGAAAUGAAGUACAGUUCCUGUUUGUUUCAGGCUAUUUAUUUCACUUGUUUAUUUUAUUAGAUAGCUUGCUUGCCCUUCAAUAUAAAGUCCCAGGGUGAGCUACAACAAUAAAAUAUACAAUUAUAAAAUAAAUCAAACAGUUAUAAUAAUAACACAAGAAAAGUGUAAAAAAGACAAAAGUUUCAAUAAAACAGUUCCACAUGUCAAACAUGUAAACAUAUUUGUAAUGCAAAUAUAGACAAAGAUUAGCAUUUCAUGUGGCAGCAGUAGUACAUUUUCUUCAUUUGCUUGCAGGUCAUCAAAUGCAAGCAAUCUGAUGCCCUGAGGGAUAGCUCAGUCAGUAGAGCAUGAGAAUCUUAAUCUCAGGGUUGUGGGUUUGAGCCACAUAUUGGGCAAAAUAUUCUAUCACAGCAAGGAUUUGGUCCCUUGUGGUCUCUUCCAACUCUACAAAUUUGUGAUUCUAUUAUUCUAACUAUACAGUAAUAUAACAUUUUACUUAUCUUACAUACCAGUAGCCAUUUUAAAUGUAGAUGAGGUAGUUAGGGUGUCUGUUAUUAUUAUUAUUGAUAGUAGUAUAGUAGUAGUAUUUCCAUUUAUAAGCCACUUACUAUUUGAAGACCUCAAAGCAGUUUUAAAUAAAUAUAUAAAAAGGUAAAAGCUAAAGGUACCCCUGCCCGUACGGGCCAGUCGUGUCCAACUCUAGGGUUGUGCGCCCAUCUCACUUAAGAGGCCGGGGGCCAGCGCUGUCCGGAGACACUUCCGGGUCACGUGGCCAGCGUGACGAAGCUCCUCUGGCGAGCCGGCACCAGCGCAGCACACGGAAACGCCGUUUACCUUCCUGCUAUAAAGCGGUACCUAUUUAUCUACUUGCACUUAGGGGUGCUUUCGAACUGCUAGGUGGGCAGGGGCUGGGACCGAAAGAUGGGAGCUCACUCCGCCGCGGGGAUUCGAACCGCCAACCAUGCGAUCAGCAAGCCCUAGGCGCUGAGGUUUUACCCACAGCGCCACCCGCGUCCCGAAAUAAAUAAUAAAUAUAUAUAUAUAGAAGCACAAUAAAUACAAUAAUAAUCAUAUCAAAUGAUUUACAUUGAAGUAAAAUAAAUACACAAACAAUAUAAAUGGUUUGGCAAUGUAUAGUGAUAUGGACAGAUAUCAUUUGCAUGUUGCAACUUUUCUACUUAUAUCUAAAGUUUAGGAAAUGUAGAGAGUUGACCAGUCAACUAAUUAGAAGGGCUGUUGUACAUCUUGAAUGCCUCUGUAAGAUAUUUUCUGAAAGUAUCCAAGAGCCACUCUAAAAUUGUUCUGUUCUUCUCCUUUCUUAGCCACCACCAGGAAAUGUCAAAGUUCCCAAUGUGCCCAGUACACAGCCAGCUAUAAUGAAACCAACUGAGGAACCACCUGCUUACACACAGAUUGCAAAGGUAUAUUUAAUAUUAUUGAUGACAGCAUCAAAAUGGGGAUAUAUAUGUAUAUAUUAUGGUGCUACUUCCUUAUAUCUCAAUUUUCCCCAUCAGGAACAUGCCUUGGCCCAGGCUGAACUCCUUAAGCGUCAAGAAGAAUUAGAAAGAAAAGCAGCUGAACUAGAUCGCAGGGAAAGAGAGAUACAGAGCCUCAACCAGCAGGGAGGUAGGCCUUAAACAUACCUCAACUGACUGCAGCUUUCAAAAUGUUGUGCUUAUGGAAACCAUUUAAUUCAGUGCUUAGAGUUAGUUUAAAUGCAGUUUCUGGAGCUCUGAAGUUCCUGCCAAUUGUCUCUUAUAACAAAAAUGACAAAAUUUAAUUACUGCAGUUUUAUGUAUCCUUGGAGAUUUAAACGGGAAAUACAGAGUUUGGUUUUUAUUGGGUCAUUACUGUCCUCUAUUAUCUGUGUUAAAUUAAGCUGAAGUGUAAUGCUGGUCUGCUGAAGGAGAUAGAAGUAGUUGCCAGGAGAGAUGAUAACCUUAAAAAUCUAGUCAGUGCAGCAUUUACUUGCAGAGAAGACCCCUUAACAUCAAUGAUAACGUUCCUUGUAAACAAGAUUAGCAGGAGAAAUAGCAACCUCUAAGUAGAGAAACUCAGAUUCUGUGCAUGACUACUCAGAUACAAGUCACUUUGUGUUUAGUGGCGCUUGCUCCCUGCAAAGUUUGUAUAGGAUUGAAGUCUGAUAAGCAUUCCAUUUAAUCUGAAAGUGCAUCCAUCACUUUGUGGAGAGACAGGGUUUUUAUUUUUUAAGUAAAAUUCAGGUUCUUACAUUGGAAGCCUUAUUAUUUGCAUAUUCAGUAAGCAGCUGGACUUUGUUUUCACAUGUUCUGUAUUAGUGCUGAUGUGUUAGCAUUAAAUUUUGUUUUCACUAUUUUAAAGUCUGUGUUUAUUUCCUUGUUAGCAGUGUCAAGUGGAAGUGAAUGAAGCUAUCACUACUACUUGGAUUCAGGACUGAGAUCUUAACGGUAGCCUCUCAAGGCUGCUGCAGUUAUAUCUCUGUAGGAAAGUGUGUGUGUGUGGCAUGUGAUAGAUCCACAGCUCUUUCUUCAACUGUUAUUUUAAAAAUUGUUUGAAGUGACCCUUAAUAUUCAGCAAAAUAUUUACCUUUUGCUCUUCCAGGAAGAAAGAACAAUUGGCCUCCACUACCUGGGAAUUUCCCAGUGGGACCCUGUUUUUACCAGGAUUUCUCCGUAGACAUUCCUGUAGAAUUCCAGAAGACAGUAAAGAUUAUGUACUACUUGUGGAUGUGUGAGUAAGAUUUAUAGAAUAUGUGUAUACAAUGACAACACAAUCCUGUGCAUGUCUUCUUGAGAACUACAGUGGUACCUCAGGUUACAUACGCUUCAGGUUACACACUCCGCUAACCCAGAAAUAGUGCUUCCGGUUAAGAACUUUGCUUCAGGAUAAGAACAGAAAUCGGGCUUUGGCGGCGCGGCAGAAGGAGGAGGCCCCAUUAACUAAAGUGGUGCUUCAGGUUAAGAACAGUUUCAGGUUAAGAACGGACCUCCGGAACGAAUUAAGUACUUAACCUGAGGUACCACUGUAGUUCCAUUCAGAUCAUUGGGGCUUGCUUCCAGCUAAGCAAGUAUGGGAUUGAGCUUUAUAAUUUCAGUACUCAAUUUACAUACUGUUUGCAUCAUUACUACCAAGUGUAGGCAUUUGAAGUUAUAUACCAGGGAUGGUGGACUUGUGGCCUUCCAGAUGUUGUUGCUGAAACCCCUGUAAAUCUCAGAAAGCAUAGCCAGUGGGCAGGGAUGAUGUGAAUUGCCCAACAACACUUGGAGUGCCACAGGAUUCCUACCCAUGUCAUAAAUGCUUGGCAAAAUCACUUUGGAGCUGUUUAUCUCCUUGAAAAUAUUACUGUAAUAAAAAGGGCACCAAUGACUUACAAUAUACAGAGACCCAAGCUUUCGGCAGUUUUCUUUGGAAGUUUAACAUCCUGCAUAGCCUGACACACUUGAGUUUAGUAAGCUGCAAAAAUAUGUCUGGCCUCCAUAUGAUGUGGACAUAUCUCAAAUCACAUUUUCCUCAUUUUGGUAUGUUGUACCUAAUGCACACAUAUAUGCAUAUGCACACCACUCCAUGCACUCCUGAUUCAGACUUUCUUUCCCAAUUCCAGAAUUAUUUCUCUUACAAGUACACUUCUGUGUUGGCACUCUUAACUUUUAGAAGCUGAUCAACCAAUAAUUUACAGUUAUCCAUACCGGAAAGUUUUUAUAUGUCAGUUGGAGCUUGGUUAGCAAGACGAAAGGAUAUGGCUUGUUUCAUUACCUCUCUCCUUCAAACUUCAGCGGUAUGGCAACAUCCUGAGUAGAAGGAACUGGGUGAUAGGCAAGAUGGAUAAUUCCCUGUGGCUGUUUUUCUUACUUCCAAUUUGGUGGGAUUUGUUGUUUUAAGAGUUUCUCUAAAAAGUUAACACUUUUUAAAAAAUGUGACCCUAGUAACCUGAUCACCUUUAGGUCCACUUAAUAUGCCUUCAGCAAGUGGAAUAGACUCUGCCAGCUAAGCCUGCCAGUCUGCUUACUACCAAGUCGCCCUGGUUCAAUUCUCACCUCAGGUGCCUAUUGGCUCCUGUGUUAACAUUUUCCAUGCUUGGUCUUGUGUGGCAAGGCAGUACAGUGCAAUUGCAAGCAGCAAUCGCCAACACUGCAUCAUUAGGUUGGUAGUGGAAGUAUGACAUUCGUAAGGGAACUGUUAAAUCCAAUUUUGUUUGGUUUGUACAGCAGUCCCUGGGGUUAGACUGUUACACUGUGAGCCUAAACAGCUAUUUGAAAUGUCACUGGAAACGGUGAAAUUUGCUGCUAGUAAACACAUUUAGAACUGAAAGCCUCCAACACCUUAAGGUGGCACUAAGUAACACUGACAAUUUUGUUUUCCAAACUUGUGCACCAAGAGCGGAGUUGGGAUAAGUGUACAUGGUACUUGCUUACCAUCUUUCAUGCGUAACUCUUCUAAUUUAUAAGAACUUGCAAAUGAGUUGAGCAGUGUUUCAGUAUAACUAAUUAUAGGAUACUGUAGUGUUCCUGUAUGUAUUUACCGGUCUGACUCUCAGAUAAUUAAAUAGUAUCUGCAAAAAUCUGUGUACCCGGUAAUUAUUGUAGAAGUGUCUGCUAUUUAAACAAGAAAUGCUGUGGUGAUUCUUUGUUACAUUUGCUUGAAAAUCUGGCAAUAGAUUAAAAAAAUUACCAGGCCAGGGAAAGAUGGUGUCCUGUGGCAUUCGCUACACUCUAUUACCUCACUGCAACUAAUCUGAUUUGAUACUUGCUGCUGAUAAAAAGGGGGUGGGUGGGAAUUACAUUAGGUUUAAAGAAUGCAGAAAACUUUAGUGGAUUCAUUUUUAAAAAUCAAGGUGGAUCAAGCAAAAUACUGUAUCUAAAUGAUAGAUUUAAAUAUCCUAAUAAUUACAUUUCCUGAAAAUGCAUACUAACUAGUUGUUGUAACAAUUAAAACACAUUGGUUUGCAGUCAGAAAGGCAUUUAUUCUGCCUAGGAUCAUAGCCGGAAACCAAUGGUGUUAUAGGCAGCACUCCAAUUGCACUUAAUUCGUAUCCACUUAAGACACUGAAAUAACACUGAAGUGAAAGGUUUCUGGUUGGCUUUUUGUACACAUUCAAGGACACUAAGAGCACUUUCUUGAGGACUAAGUGCACAAAACUUUCAAGAUGCAAGGGCUGAUUGUGGGUGGCUAAAGGAAAAAUGUAAGGGAGGAAAGAAACAGUGUUGACCAUUAUUAUGGGGAAAAGAAUUUGAAUCCAGUCUACAGAAAACCAUAAUAUACUAAAAGCUGGUGAAGCGAAUGUGGUAGUAAAGGGAAAUACCUGCCACCCUUAGAGUCAUACCUGGGGCUGACAGAUACUGAGAAAAACUGUGUUUCUCCAUGAGACAGAAAGUAAUUGGCCAUGUUGUUCAGUUGGCAACCACAGUAACAUAUAUAUUACACAUACCUAUUAUUUCAUACCCAAGAUCAAGUCGGAUAUUUUCCCCCACCCCCUAGUUUUAAUCUUUUAUAGAAGCAGACUUUAAAUCAGUGGCUCAGUUCCAAAGCUCUUCACUCAGUAUUCAGGCUGCACAUGAGAACUUUUCAGCUCACCUUUUACAGCAGCUGCCUCUCAAAGUUUCCCCCGCCCAUCAAGGUACCCCAUGAAUCACUUGAGGUGCAGCCUAGGAAUAUAGAAAGCUACGUUAUGCCAAGUUGGACCCUUGAUCUAGCCAGCUCAGUAUUGUCUACACUGAUUGGCAGCGAGUCUCCAGGGAUCUAGAUAGCAGUCUCUCCAUGCUAUACCUGGAGAUGGCACGGAUUGAAUCUGGUGGCUAUUUAAUGUAAGAACUGAUCACUGAUCCACCCUGAUCAGUGAUCAGAUCCUGAUAUAAAAUCAGUAGAGAUAGCUUAUUAAGUUUUUAUGUAUUUUUAGAAUUGUGGCAAUUCAAUUUUAUCAUACCUGUUUUCUAUAGUUCAUGCAGUGACGCUGUUUCUUAACAUCUUUGGAUGUCUGGCCUGGUUUUGCCUACAGCCCAUUCGAGGAGUUGACUUCGGAUUGAGUAUUCUCUGGUUCUUGCUUUUUACCCCUUGUUCAUUUGUCUGCUGGUACAGACCACUUUAUGGAGCCUUCAGGUAACAAUUCCCACCUACUGUGAAAUUAAUGCUGUUAAGGUGCUACAUAAUUUAACUGCUUUUUAAUCAUCCAGCACUUCAUUUAACUUGGUUUUACAACUUUUAAUGUGAAUUCUUGUACUGGUUUGGCAAUUUUCAGAGUAGCUGACUGGCCUCAAAGCAUAGAUUAGCAAAUUGAUAAAUAUAUUAGUCUCUUGCAAAUGUAGCCGCUGCUUCUUGUAAGUAGUGUGAUAGGUUAGCUAGAUGUGUCCAUGUUUUAUAAAUAGUGGCUCAGUUAGCACACCAUGCUAAGUCAAACCAUGGUUUAGUAUGAACAGUUUCUCAUAAGCAAGGCUUACUCUCUUUGUGUCUCUUAGACUAAAUUAGGCAAGCUGUUUGCUUUUUGGAGUCUAUUAUUCUCAGAAUUAGACUUUCAAAAUCCAUCUAUUUUUAAAUAUGGGGUGGGUGAAGUUAAUAUAAUGCACUUGACAGGAAUAAGGAGAGGCUGUUUUGCCUGCAUAAUGGAACACAAGCUCACUCACUUAUGAAAAAAGAGAUGGAGAAACUCUUAUUAUAUAUCAGGCAGGACACUAAGGUCAUUUUUGUUGCAGCCAGAGUUCACAGCACUUGCUAGAUUAUGUUAGUAGGUUUGCUUUGGGGGUGGGUUGUGAGGAGAGGAUUGCUUCUCAUACUUGACAUUUCUUUAAUUGUUGCUAUGCUUGUGGUGUUACAUUAUUGUAGUCUGGUUUGAUUGGAUUAUAUUGAUAGUAUAGGUAAAGGAGGCAGCUCUGUUCCCAUGGAGAUCAGCUGUACUCAUAAAAAUUGUUUUAUUUGUAAAAGAUAAACAGUAUGUAUGGUUUUGUUUGUUGCUAUUGAUUUGCUCUCCUGGUAGAGAUGUUAAACUUUGGAAAUGUUUCUUAAAUAUUGUGAAAACACCUGACGAUUUCCCCCCUCCCUCUUUUAGGAGUGACAGUUCUUUCAGAUUCUUCGUUUUCUUUUUUGUGUACAUUUGUCAAUUUGCUGUGCAUGUACUUCAGGCUGCAGGAUUCCAAGGAUGGGGCAAUUGGUAAGUGGCUUAUUUUAUCAUUCAGUGAAGAGUGCAAUAACAAGCCACCUUUACAAAGUUCAACAAUGCACAGAGAAACAUUUUGCGUUUGAAAGUUUUAUGGAGGAUAAGCAGAACCAGUAUGCAAUUGUUAAUAAGCAGCAGUUGUUCAUCUAGCCAGCGACCGUGUACCAAAAAUGUCCAUAACUGAUUUGCACCAACAAUAUAUCAUCCAAAUGUCCAUGGUAUGUAGAUGACACUUAAGCCACAUGCCUAUAGUCACAACUGUUUCUCGGCCAGAAUAAUUGGACCACUGUCAUCUACGUGCUGGUAAUCUCCAGGCUGGUUUACUGCAAUGUGCUCUAUGUGGCUUACCCUUGAAGUUGGUUUGGAAGCUGCAGCUAGUACAAAAAUGCAGUGGCUCAACUGCUCAUUAGGGCAGAAUAUCACUGCUGAAAGAAUUGGAUCGGCUACCAGCUAUCAGGCUAAGCUCAAGGUGCCAAUACUGGUAUAGAUACCUAUGCAGGUUAGAUACCUCCUAUAGAUAUCAUACCAUCAGGAAGUCCAUUCUGUAUAACAUAGGAAUUAGGCCUUCAGUGGUGCAAUACCUACCCUUUGGAACAUCUUCCCAUUACAUGUCUGACAGGGACCAUCUCUAUUGUCUAUUCAACACCUAUUUAAGACCUUCCUUUUCUAACAAGCCUUUUAAGUAGAGACUUUUAUCCCAUUCUGUGUAUGCAUUGAACUUGAACUUGUUUUUAUAUAUGCUUUUAUUCUUAAAUCACUUCAGAAUGUUUUAUGGUCAGCAAUUCAUAAAUUAAAUAAACAGUUUAAAAAUUGUAUAAGAGAGUUUCAAAUCCCAGUCCUAGUGCACCUUGAUCCUGGGCAUUCCAAGCACUUUGUCAUCACAACUGGUCUGUCAGUUGUAUGUAGAUGGGCUAUAACAUGCCUGCCUGCUGAGCCCUCACUGCAAAUUGAGAACAAAGUGGCCGGAGGCAUCAAGAGCCCAGCCCCAUAACUAGGUGAGAGGCUGAGGAGGCACAGUUUUGGCACAGUUGAUGUGCAAAAAACUAAGGUUGCUGAAGUGUAUCUAGACUUGUCCAUUAGGACAAGUUUGUGCUGAGUGAAUUAUAAUGUCCAGCUGUCUGCUGAAGUUUCCACCUAGCAUCUGUUAGAUGCUUCCUGCUGAUGUUUCGUUUUGACCUAUUUGGUAGCAGCCAAAACAAAACUUAAAAAACACCACCACCUCUGUUCUUGAAAGGCAAUUUGUGAAGAGAUUUUGAAGGAAACUUUAUCAUAUUUAUCAAGGUUGCCAAACUUUCUGUAUAAUUAGAGAGAACAGUAGUUCCACAAGAUUGUUCAAGGAAUAGUGAAAAGUGAAUUUCAAGAUAAUUCAAAGUGAACUGCCUUACUGUUUCUAGAGUCAACCUAAAAUGCUUUCAAAACCUUAGUUGUGCUUGGCUCCCCAAAUACUCCAGUAAUUUCCUGUAAGGAUUUUAGUGAAAGAAACAAUAGCUAUGGUAUUUCAAGAUGUAUCAUAUUGGGGCAUGUGUAUGUUAUUUACCUCUCUUUUGUUAUUUACCUCUCUCCUGUCUUUAGUGGAUGGAUUUCAUCCCUCACUGGGCUCAAUCUUAGCAUUCCAGUAGGCAUUAUGAUGAUAAUCAUAGCAGCGCUUUUCACAGCAUCUGCUGUCAUCUCACUAGUAAUGUUUAAAAAGGUAAGUUUUCUUUCUGUCGAAUCCAUAUUGUUGAUAGAAGGCUUUGUGUUUGCACACAGAUGUUAAUCAAAGGAGUCUACUAGCUUCUUUCUUAAUUUCUAUUAACUCGGGCAGAUUGUCAUGGAUAGAAAUGUCACAGAAUCAAAUUAGGAAAAUGUAUAUUUUAAUUGUUGCAAAUUCAUUUGAGUUGGAAUGUGCUUGAUUCCUCACUUCCCACUCCCCGCCCUUGUUCUUUUCCAGCUGUAGAAGUUAUCUUAUUUUUAUGGCUUUUGUGAAAAGAGCACAUCAGGAUCCUAGAGAUUUCUCUCAAAUAAUAUAUUAUCAAAGAGUAAAAUUUAUGCUUCAGCACCUUUCAUUUUAAUUCUACAUAAAAGUUCUGUCAGUGUAGGCCAGGUUUUCCUGGUCUGGUGCCCUCCCAUCAGUGCUAGUCAGCAUGGCCAAUGGUCAGAGAUGAUAGAAGUAGUAGUCCAAAACAUCUGGAAGGCACAAGGUUGGGGAAGGUUUCUGGUUGUUUGGGGGGGGGAGCAGAUGAACAUUUAGAAGCUGCAGAAAAUAUUAUAAUAAUAAUGAUUAAUUAAUUUAUACCCCACCAAUCCGGCUGGGUUUCUCAGCUACUCUGGACUGUUCCCAACAGAUUAAAAACAGAAUAAAACAUCAGACAUUAAAAACUUCCCUAUUUGUUUAUUUCCUUGACAUCUGAUGGGAGCGUGUUCCACAGGGCAGGCACCACCACUGAGAAGGCCCUCUGCCUGGUUCCCUGUAACCUCACUUCUCGCAGUGAGGGAACCACCAGAAGGCCCUCAGAGCUGGUCCUCAGUGUCCGGGCUGAAUGAUGGGGGUGGAGAUGCUCCUUUAGAUAUACUGGGCCAAGGCCUUUAAAGGUCAGCACCAACACUUUGAAUUGUGCUCGGAAAUGUACUGGGAGCCAAUGUAGGUCUUACAUUGAAAGAAAUGAGAUGAAAAUAAGGCAAGGUAGAUGAGGGAUAUUUGGGUAUUAUAAUUAUUGAAACGGAUGGCAACACACACGUUGUUCUGGUGUCCCAUAAAUUGUUAAUAAUAGCACAGGAGCUUUUUCAAUGGAAGAAAUGCAUCAGUAUGCCCUGUGCGUGCCCAAGUAGCUUAUGGUAUUUCAUUUUGAGACUAAAAAGUAGUGGCCAUGAAUGUUAGAGGAGGAACUAGAGUGAGUAAAGCAUACCAGAGACGUAUGAAGGCUACUAAACAGACAAAAAUCACUCAUGGUAUUCCUCACAAGUGUUGAGUUUUUAGCUCUCCACUCUGGCUGAACUGUCCAGCAUCUGUGAAAUCAUGUGUGUCGUCGUUUUUCUGUAACCACUAGGGGUCACACUUUAUAUCUUAUGAAUACCUGCUGUGGAGUUCAAAUCAUAGAUGAUACAAUUACUAGGAAACAAAUAUGUACACUGGAGGGCUUUGAAGCAAAGACACAAAACAUAAUGCAAGGGAAAUUUAACCAGUGAUUUAAUAUCUUCAGAAUUGCUGUUUUUGCUACAAAUAUGUUGGUGCCUAAAACUCUGCUAGGUGCUGUAUGCAAGAUUUUUUCUUUUUCUUUUUGGAAAACAUGCCUCAUGAUUUCACUCUGGGCUUCUUCCACAGGUACAUGGUCUCUACCGCACAACUGGAGCAAGUUUUGAGAAGGCCCAACAAGAAUUUGCAACGGGGGUGAUGUCCAACAAAACUGUACAAACUGCUGCAGCCAAUGCUGCGUCAACAGCAGCAACGAGUGCUGCUCAAAAUGCUUUCAAGGGUAACCAAAUAUAGCGAAAAGAAAUGAAAAAAAUCACUACCAUUUUCAGCUGUAUUUUCUUUUUCAGUCACUUAUAGUCCCUAAAGACUUGUGUUAAAAAUGCACACAGCAUGUAUGUCUCUUCGGCUGUGCAUGGGCUAAAACAGGAAAAGGUCCUUGUUUCAUUACUUUGUACACUUAUUUAUUCAAUCAAAGGUACUUCCUGGCUACUACUCUUAACUGAAAAUGGUUCUAUUAUUCCUCAUCUUUUUGGAGGCACGCUAUAUUUGGUGAAAAUUUAAAACCGUGAAUCUGAAAUUGAUAUGGCAACUUCUGGCGUCAACUUAAAUGAUUUUUUUUUUUUUUUUUGCAAAGGGGGGUGGCUUCUUGUCAAUAGAUGUCCCUGGAAACUUUCAUUUUGACUUGAGACGAGCACUUUGGAUUAACUCCUUCUAUUCAUAACAACUUGCUUCCCUAUUUUCUUAAUGUAAGGAAUGGGGCAACUGAUGGUCUUGAAUAUGAAAUUUUGGCUGCUGCUUUAUAGCUUCAGCAGCUGAUGAAGGACAAAUGUAAGCUUAAAAUAAGUAUGAUAGAUAAUGUAAAUUUCUUUCUUUUUUUAGGAUAAUAGGUCUUUUGAUAAAAAUCUGAGUUUGCAUGAAACAGUUUUGACCAUGCUGAGCUAGUGUUUUGGUCCAGAAUUUGUCUCUACCACUAUGGUCACAGUAUUUGUUGGGAUCUGUUUUCAUGGUGUGUGGUCUUCUUACAGAAAUUUUGGAGCACAGUUAGUCUCACCAAAAUAAUAUGUGAUGCAACAGGCAGUGAGAAUUACGUUUAAUGGAAUCUGAGUGAUUAUAUAUGCUAUUUUUAAUUUCAGUAUUCAUGUCUUUGGAAAACAUACUGCUAAAGAGAACCCAUUAACCAAUAUUUAGAACACUCCCAUAGCUAGUCCUUUUUGGCCUGUGUUAAAAUGCAGUGAAAUUUUUGUUGUGCUUAAGGAGUCUGGCAUUUUUUAAGUGUGCACUUGUGUUUAACAAUGGUACUAAAUCUUUAGCCUUGUCAAUCACUCUGUUUAUUGCUUGUACAAACAUCUGAAUAUACAGUAUCUUAUUGAAAUCUUUAAAAACAACCAUAGUCUCUAAUCAGGCAUUUAAAAACGGAAUUUAAUUAUGUACUUGAAUUCUUUUUAACAUACUUCAGCCUUUAUGUGUGAUUUUUAAUCUGAAUAAAUGCAUUUUAUAAAAUGCAGAUUGAGGAUGAGUAUUCAGUGCAGUAAUAAUCAGCUAUGUGUGUUACACAGAGGUUUUUUCAUUUUUAAUUCAUCUUUGUAUCCUGAGUAAUCAGCUCUCAUUUUAAGGUCACCCCCCCAUUGACAUUCUGAAGUAUAUGAAUUAUUGGAUUGCAACUUGGAACAUAUCUUGGAUUAACUUUUCAAAUAGCAUUCAAUUGCUGUCAUUAAAGACUCUUAAUUCUUAUAUACUGCAUAAAGGUAUUGCAAUAUAGGUCCUAAUCUUAACACACUCUGAUCCACUAUUUAUUUGGAAAAAGUAUUAUUCAGCUGACUCACUAUUGGAAAAAUAUUCAGCAUGGUCUAAAAGCUAUAUCUGGGGUAUAUUCAUAUAUCUCAAAUUACAAACUUAUAUGAAUAAACAGGAUAAAUUUGACAGCUUAAUCACAACAGCAAAUGCUAGAAAAUAGACUAUAUGGGAAUUACAUUUUGUAAACAGUUUUAUAUACCUAACACAGAGGGCAAGUCAUAUCAUGGAUGUUGUGAGGAAUUUGAUGUAUUUAGUCCUUGAUUAGUAAGAGAGAGUUUAGCUUUCUUUAACGUACAUUUUAUUUUAAUCCUUCAUCCUACUUCUGUUGCCCUAUAACAUUUUUGUUGCUAAUCCUGUAACUUGUAUUUGGGGUUGGAGAUGAAUUUUAAUUAUAGUUUAAAAAUCAAUAAAUUGUUCUUGAAUAUUUUUUUUCCUCAGGGGAUAAAGCAGAAUGAAACUUGAAAUAGAUAAAUGCAAGUCUAGUUUGCAUAAGUCUUGUAGCUAUUUUGGUUCAAGAAAACAAGACGACAUAUGUUGAUUUUAACGUGUACCAUUUUACAGAUCAUCAUCUAGAAAAUUAACCAUCAAGGUUAAAUCAAAAACUUCUGAUUUUUAGUUUUCGGCAAAAGGCUGUUGUAUGUUAAAAUAUUUAGCACCGGAAUUAAAAUAUGUCGGUUAAAAAUCAUAUACCUAUUAUUUAAGUCAUUUUGUAGUAUCCAGUUGUGGCUAGAUCAAAAUACAGAGUUUCAACACUGGAAUGUCAGUACUCUUCGCUAUAGUUUUGGCAUUGGAGUCGAUUAUCUGAGGGAUAUCUGUAUAUUUUGUAAAUUCCUAACAAUGCUUUGCCAUCCUGAUGAAUGUCAUGGUUCUGUACAAAUGCACACAGAUCCUCUGAUGUUGCAUGUCUGGGUAGUUCAAAGGUUCUACAUAUUUAUUGUAUUAACUCAGUGACAUAGAAUAAAAAUGUUUCCUAAUUGUUUGCUCUGUAUAGUUUUAAAACUCAAGUAGGACAUUUUUGUAAAAGGCAAGCUAAAAUGCAAGAGGGUUAAUGUGUACAGAAUGUAUCACAUAUUUCUCCCCCCCCCCCCAGCUCUAGUCAUAUGUAGUUACACAGAGGCAGAAAUUACUUGAUUGGUUUUAUUGCCUUAUGGAUUUAUUUCAUUAUUUCAUAUGUUGUAAGUCACCUUGAUACAGUACUUAAAAACUGAUGUGUGACUCUGCAUUUGAUCCAGAUCCUGGCACUACUAGUCACAUGUAACUAUGCACAACUAGAGCUGGAUCGGGGUUGUUUUUUUGUAAUCUGUAUAUAAAUUCUGUGAUCUGCUGCAGUGGGAAAAAUAUGUCAAUUACCAGAACAACAAAUUGAUACAAUUAGAACUGGGAAUGGUUUAAAGAAGCACCCAGUAAUAGUUGGUGUGUUUUGGUUUUGUGAUGUAAAUUGGAAACUUUAAAGAGAAUGAUUUGUCGGUACUGACGAAAACUAGGAGUAUUAAAUUUUGUCUGGGAACUUGUUGGAAGUAAACUGAAACCUCUGAAAACAAACCUUUGCUGGUAUUUUUUAUAUCCGGAUCGCUUUGUCACUGCUGUGGAGGGUCAAUUUCUCUACUGUGAGUCCUUUAUGAAUGUAGCAAUAAAGUUUACUGAUAGUGGCCACAAUCCAGGAAAGUAUAUAACCAGAUACAGCUGUGGGCCCUUUUUUCUUGGUUUUCACUUUUCAAAACCUGCCUUGUGUGCCACACAGCAAGCUACAGCUAAAUUGAAAGCCAUGUUUGAUAUGCCUUUACAAGGGUUGGGUGCUAUGGAAAUGAUGUAAAAGCCCUUAUUGUGUCUUUCUAAAUGUUAUGUGAAGAGAGGCUCUGUGUGCAUCCUAUAGAGACCUUCUAAAGACAGAACUAACAUCAUCAUUAAUUCACGAUGCUCUGUUAUUCUGGUGUCUUCUAUAACAGGUCACAGUGUAUAACUGAGCAGCUACAAGUGGGUCACAAGUGUUAUAUGUGGGAAACUUCUGGAAUAAGCUGUACAAUUUAUGGAAUAUUGUAGAGCUGGAACAGGUAUAGAAGAGGGCAACCAAAGGGAACAAGGAGACUGGAGCAACUCCACUAUAAGGAAAGAUUACAGUGUUUGGGACUUUGGGGGAGGGCGGAAAUAUAGGGGGACAUUACAGAGGUUUAUAAAAUUAUGCAUCGUGUGGAGAAAAUAAGACCGCCCCCUCAAUACUACCAGAAGCUGAGGUGAUCCAAUAAAGCAGAAUGGUGGGAGAGUCAGAACAGGUAGUCCUUCAGAUGGCUGAGUUAGUGGAACUGACUCCCCAAAAGAUAGAGAGAUGGCUACCAACUUGAAUGGCUUUAAAAGGGAAUUAGACAAAUUCAUGGAGGAUAGAGGAUCAGUAGCUACGUAAGCCUGAUGGUUUUGUAAUGCCUCUAAAUACCAGUUACAGGGAAUCACAGGCAUCUGGUUGGCCACUGUGAGAACAGGUUGCUGGACAGGGUGCAGCAAAAUGUGUUCAUUGUUCAGUUACUCAAUUCUUGCUCUUUGUUGCUAUAACUGCUGCAUUCCGCGAAGACAACUAACAUCAGAGAUGGAGUGUAUAUAACGAUUGGACAAAAGAACGCCACGGUGACAACUAAGAGAUUGGCUUGUACUAGUCUCAGGCUCCCAUAAAUAUGUGAGGCUUCACCUCGUUUUUGUCUUUUGGAGCUAUCCAGCCAGAUGGCCAAAGGUACUCUCUCACCAUCUACUCUGCAAAGAAUUCUGUGCAUGCUCCUAAACCCAAGACUGCUCAAGCAGGUAACCCAUAUAAAAACUAAAUUGAACUAAGCUAACAUGUAUCUAAACUAAACUAAAUUUUUGCUUUCAUUUCAAGUAUGUUUGAUUUGGUGCCUUCAUUUUUCUUCCUCCCUCUCUCAAAUAAACUUUUUUUUAAUACUUUGGACAUCUGGCUUCAUUGGUUUAAAAAAUGAGUUUUCCUCACUAAAAUCUUCCUCAUGCAUGGUUGUUGAGAUGUCUACGAAUAUUUCACAAGGUUUUGUUCAAGUUCUUUGUCCACAGGUCUUUGGGAAAAUAGGCUGACUGCUCCUUUUGAUAUGUUUUCCCUAGAGCUGGGCUGAAGAGGCUCUUUGAGAGUAUGUCUCUGAAACUCACUAAGCCUCUGGCCAAGGUUGUGCUAGGAGGUGUAGUCUAAUUGGUGGAAGCUAUCAGUAGCUACUAGACAUGGUCCAAACACUUACUGCAAUUUCACCCAUUUUUCCUAAUUACACCAACAAUUUUUAGUUAUCAGAUUGGUACUAGAAAAUACAGCUGUUAAAUGCCUCCAAUUUAUUGCCUUUGUUCUCUUUCUCUUUUGGUUCUCAAUGGUUACAACCAACAGUACAACUAUUCACUGGUACAAAGUUACCUGCUCUUCCUUUCACAUUCAAUCAGAAGCCAAUGGCAAUCUCAUUCUUGUAGUUCCUCUCCUGUUGCAUGGAUAACUUGGCUUAAGUAAUUGGAUUUAUAUUCCUCACCUUCUUCCAAUGAGCACUGGGUGGCAAACACAUCGAUAUUAAUACAAUUUAAAUUUAUAAAAAAUACAGAUUAAACCAAACUUUAAAAACAAUAACUGUAUGCUCCCAAACUAGUAAUAUCAGGCUUGUCAAAAUCAGAAAUGAUUUCUCAGAAAACUUGAAGGGUUAAUAACUGUUUAUUAGGCAAAGAAAUUACUAUAUUGUAGACAAAUUAAAUUAGCAAUACAGCUCAACAACAUCCUUUACUAUGUUUAGCUGACUAUAGAGCUUCAAACAUUCCUCUCUUGUUCCUUUUAUGUUGAUGAGCUUGCUAAUUGCUAAACAAUCCUUCACAUUUAGGCUAUAAAUAAGUAGGCCUGGAUUUCCCAGAGUUCAGGAGAUGCUGGAAAUCCAUCAUUCCAAUUAUUGUUAACCCCACCUUCAUUCCAAUGAGGGAUUUUACAGGACAUGGUUGACAUCUGAUAUGAAAUAUGAAAUAGAAUUAGUGUAGCUGUAUUUGCCUUUGGAAUACCUUUGUCCCUUUCAACCUCUCUUUUUUCUUAUUGUUAUUGCACAUCUCACGUCAUGUGAAUCUUUAAAUUUUUACCCUCUGGAAAGCAGUGGCACAUAACACAAUACAGUAAAUGUUUACAAAAAUGAUUCAGCCGCAGCUAUUUAAGAAAUAAUUUGUUAAGUUUUGUUUACACAUUUUGAGCUGUUUAGAACACAGGUUUAAAACACAAUUUCUUGAGUUAAUAUAGCACACGCUAAGAAGCAUUCACAUAUAUGUCAUCUUGUGAAGGCAAAAUACUUUAUAAAAAGGGGUCCUUGAAGUUUGUUUAGAGGUAAAACACAAAAUCUUUCUUAAACCACAGGAUGUAGUUUGGAAAAAGAUUCCUUGUACAUAGAUUUAAACCUUGUGACUGGCAAUAAAGCUUCUAUCCAAGGAAACACAAAGUUGUGUUGAUAGCAAUGGGUGUAAAAGUGACAAAACCAACCAUGCUGUAAGUUUUCUUGGAAUUAUGAAAUAUUUUUUGGAAUUUAUGAAAUAUAAGUUUAGAUGAAAACUAGGAUAUAUUUCAACCAUAAGAAAGAUGCAUUAUGCCAUGUAAGGAAUGCCAGUGUUUGGUUACUGAUGUGCUUAUUUGAAAAAGAACGGGCUGAACUAUUUCAGUGGCUGAAAUCUGAACUGUGCCAUUGGAAAUUUUGUUUAAACUAGAUUUUCCUUGAGUUCUCUCCCUCUUCCCACAAUACUGUAAUAUAUAGCCUCACAUAAGGAAUUGUGUCUGCAUAUUACUGAGAUCGGACUUUCCGGAAAGCUCUCCAACAGAGAAAAUCCUUGUCCCUUUAGAACUUGUUAGAAAACAUGAUGGGCAGAACUCAGCUUGUUUUUGACCAUGGAACCAUUCAUACCCGUUUUAUAGGUAAGAGUUCUUGCUAGGUGGUAGCUGUAAUAGCACAGUAAAGCAUCAUCUUAGUAGGAUGUGAUGUUAAAUACAUUUUAAACUUCCCAAUUAUGUGGUAAGAUUUGCCAGGGCCUAAGCUUCAUAAUGCACACACUUCUAGGUUACUGUGCUUCCAGUCCAUGUUAUUAUAGAAACUUCACUUAUAGUCUGCAAUUCUGUGGCUCAUGUACAUUAGAAUGUAGAGUUUAUAACUAGACCAAAUGCCACUUGAGUGUUGGUUAAAGCUGUAUCUACCAUACUGGAUUUUGAAAUAUUAGUCAUUGCACAACUAAAAUAUUUUACCUGUUUAAAUCAUUGACUAAAACACAUAGGAUUCAUCCAUUGCUC